AUGUCCAAACCAGAAGAAGUGGAAAAUGAGGAGGGUUGGGAGCUAGUCAGGUAAGAAGAUUCUGUUUUUGUUGGAAUUUAGAGAUAAAACGAUUCAAAGCGGUAUGAAAAAGGACUCAAUAGGCCAUUGACAAGCGAAUCAAGCUUAUGAUUUUCAUCAACUUUCAGUCAUGAAACCGUACGAGCCACUGCAUUUUCGGCCGCUUUUGCAAUGGCCUGCACCGCCGCUUAUUAUGGUCUCCAUGUAGCGCUCUUCUGGGCGGGAGGACCAAUCUGGCUUCAUGGCGCGUUGUGGUGGUCACUUUGGGGCCGACCUAUUCGUGGGAUGAGGUCACUUUUCUACUCUCUGAGAUGGCAUCUGGCUAGAUUGGUGUGGAGAAAAGCUGCUCAGCGUGAAAUCAGACAAUAA